AUAGCCUCAUUACCUAAUCAGGUAAAGCCCUGCCCACAGUGACUACGCUAUUUACCUUGAAGAAGUGGCUGUAUUUAAGCGCGCGCACACAGGGUGUCAGCCAAAACCAAGAGGGAAUCCUCGCCCAACAAAUUAUCCAAAGAUGUUGCUGUAUGUUCUCCUGUCUUGUGUUGGGAUCGCGCAGUGUUAUCCUAAUGGACAGGUCAGCGAAGUAUGUGGAUCUUUGGUACCUGGUCACGGAUCUAGCGCUCAGCCCAGCAGCUCUUCUCCGUAUACUGUUACUACUAACAAGACCACAUUUAAAGGCGGAGAUGAAAUCACAGUAUCUUUAAGCUCAAACUCAGGAGAUUAUUUUGAAGGAUUUAUGUUACAAGCAAAUGAAGUUGGAUCGACUAUUCCCAUUGGCACUUUCAGCGUGCUGAACAGUAGUGCACAGGGCAUCUACUGCGAUCAUGUGGCUAAUAGAGCAGUUUCUCACACAUCAAAUGCUAAAAAGUAUACAAUUCAAGUUAAAUGGACGGCUCCAUCUGCACAACUCGGCAACAUAGAGUUCAGAGCAACAUUUGUUAAAAGUUUAAAAACCUUUUGGGUUGAUGUUAGGAGCUCUGCUCUUACGUAUACAGGAACAACUUCUACUAUUGCUACAUCAAACCCUGAUUGUGGGAAAACCAAAGUCUGCUACAGUCAGCCCAAUAACUGUGACCCAACUACCAGCACAGGCUGUUACUUCAUGGCAGUUCAGGCAUCAUCUAACCAAUCAGAAUAUACGAUUGAACUGUUUGGGCAGGCUGAUGGAUACGUCGCCAUUGGGUUUUCAGAUGACCAGCAAAUGGGCAAUGACGACAUCUACAUCUGUGGUAAGGACAGCAACGGCGUACUCCAAGUGCAACACGCCUUUUCCACAGGAAGAAGGUCUCCAAAUAUUCUUCCACUGGGGAAUGUGACUAAUAUCAAGACAGCAUUGACGAAUGGAAAUAUCAAUUGUUCUUUUACUUCUCGUAAUGCCAUUAGCACCGCAAGUAGAGCAACGUCCACUAGCGAGUACUACCUCAUGAUUGCUUCUGGACCCUCCAGUAAUGGUAACAUCCAGUUCCACACACAAAGAUCUGUCAGUAGCUCUAAGGCUGAUUUACUGAAUCCAUCCCUGGGCAUCACAAGUGCUGAAGUAUUCCCGGCAAUCCUUAAAGCCCACGGUGCCCUGAUGUUAAUCGCCUGGAUGACCACGGGCAGCUUAGGGAUGCUCAUAGCACGCUAUUUAAAGGGAGUUGCCAAGAACCACGGUCUUGGCGGUAAAGAUUUCUGGUUUAUAGCCCACGUGUCUCUGAUGGUCCUGUCAGUCAUUGCCACAGCCAUCGCAUUUAUACUGGUGUUUUCUUAUGCUCAGGAUUGGGCAGGGGGAGCUCAUCCUGUCCUGGGCUGUUUGGUGAUGAUCCUCAGUCUUAUUCAGCCCAUAGUCGCUGCUUUCCGCUGUGAGCCGCAGCAUGAGCGGAGGUUUGUUUUCAACUGGGCCCAUUCCUUCAUUGCUUUAGCUAUCAAAGCCCUCGCAGUUGCUGCGAUUUUCACUGGUUUGGCACUGUUUGAAAAAUAUGAGGAGGAUGGAUGGAUGUUGAAAGUUAUGGGAGGUUUUAUUACCUGGGAGGCCCUGAUGUACAUUCUUCAAGAUCUUAACUUGCGCGCCAAGAAAAAAGAUUCUGAGAUUUGCAGUUGUGGAUCGAUGAAGCCUGAAACAGUCCUGCUUAUCCUGUUUUUGAUGGGAAACCUGGCCUUCUUGAUAUCACUUCUAGUUGGAAUAGGCAGGGCUUAAGUACCACCAAUAUGCUUCGUCCUUCCUCACUGGUUGGGGCCAAAUUUUUUUUUUUUUUUUUUUUUUUUUUUUUUUUAAUAAUGAGUGCUAAUUUUGAGUUCCAUGUUAUGCCAGAAGUAUCUCUAUACACAUUAUUUUGUUAUUGUUUUAAUUAACAUAAUACAGGCCAGGUUUCACAGACAGGGCUUAGCCUAAGCCAGGAUAUUAGGCCUUAGUUCAACCAGGACAUUCAAGUAGCUUUUAUAAACGUUCACUAGUAAAAAAACUGGUGUGUAUCUUGAGACAAAACAAUAGCAGUGACAUAUUUUAAGAUAUCCUGGUCUGUGAAACCGGGGGAUAGCAUUUAUAAUAUAGCAUUUUUUUUUUUUCUGUGCUAAUACCAAUUAGAGAUUCAUUUCUGUGCCUUUAAGUAAGGAAUAUAAGUGUAAGUUAUAUAUAUAAUUAUAUAUAACAUAAGUGCAAUUUCAUAGUUGUUCUUGAAAUUACUGUAUUGUAAGUUGCUCAUUUUUAAGAUGGAAGAACAAUAGUGAAAUCAUCUCGGUCUUUAAUUACAGAGGACAGAAAAUAAGUUCACCAAUUGUAUUUCAUUUUAAAAUGUUAAAGGAUUUAAGGAGAAUAUUUUAACUUUUAUAAGUAUUUUUAUAUCAUUGAAUGUAUGUGUAUAUAUAGACAUUACAUUGUGAUUUGUAACUUAAGUGUACAGUACAAGUUAACAGCACUCAACCACUAGAUGGCAGUGUCAUAACAGGUAUUUUAAAACAACUAUGUGACAUUUUGUUUUACAUUUUUAGACUUCUCAAGGAAUGAAUAAGAACUCUCUAACUGACAUUUAUUCAGACAUUUUAUAGAUUAAUAAAUGAACCAUUGUUUACUUUUUGUGUUAAUUGCUGUAUUGGACAUGCCUAGAUGUACAAAUGAAUGAUGUUUGUUUAACUGAAUGACUGAACUAGUUAAACCUGUCCAAUCCAUUAGUCACAAGUAUGAUGGAAAUCAGAGAAAGACGUUUUGUAAGAUGUGACAGGCCUUUUUUUAUUGAUUUUCCUGUGUCCUAAAGAACACUAUAAAUGCUAUGUGGUUUAAGUCAA